ACAUUUUACUCCAUAACAAACAUUCCUCACGAAAAAAAACCAAUCCAAUAUUCGUCUCCUCCGCACCGGCUGCAAGUGAUGACACUACUGUAGUCCGUGCAGUUGGGUGGAAGCUUUCCUCAUCAGUUCUAGCGUGAGCAUAGCUUCAAUCAGAGGGUCGCAAAGGAGGCACUUGAACCUUGACCCUGAUUACUUUCAUGUCGCGGCGUCCCACACCGUGAAAUGUUUCAUCUGUCCGUUCGGUUGAUCAGCCGUGGUAUCCAGCGUCCGAACUCCUUUGGCUACCGAAAUCAGUGUCUCAAGUUGCAAGCAUCGGCGAAUCAAUUGACCGGAAUUGAUCAAUUGAGCGGUAAUUGUGGCCGGUCCAAGGAUCAACGGGAAAACGCCGGUGCAGUGUCGGUAAUCGAGAAGCAUCGACGUCGCGGGCCAAUUGUGAUGAGUUCACGAAAUGGAAGUUCUAAACCGGCUGGGCCGGCUAUUCGGGUAUUCGGCUUAACGAAGAAUAUGCAUUUUUACAGUUCGACCAGGCAGAACUGGGAUAAGGAUCCGAAAACUUUGAGGUUGAAAGAACAAUUGGAUCGCCCUCUGGUGCUGAUUCUGUCCUGGCUGCAAGCAACGGAGAAACACCUUAGCAAAUUUGCCGAAUUCUACAUGGAGCAAGGUUUCGAAGUUGUCGUCGCACACCUCACCGCGUGGCAGCUUAUGUGGCCCGUUCAUGGUUCGCAAGCGGUUGCCAGUGAUAUUGUGAAGUUUCUGAGAAAUAAUGACCUGGAUCAAGGAGUUUUGCUACACGGAUUUUCCAUUGGCGGUUACCUUUGGGGAGAGUGCCUGGUUAAAAUUCAUGAGGUUGAACCCAACAAGGUCAUUUUGGACAAAAUCAAGGGUCAAAUUUGGGAUAGCGCAGCCGACAUUACGGAAAUACCGGUCGGAGUUCCAUAUGCUGUUCUACCGAAUAAUCCUACGCUGCAGACUGCUUUGCGCAGCUACAUAACGUACCACUUGAAGCUUUUCCACGAGGAAGCAACACAGUAUUACGAAAAAAGUGCUAAACUGUAUUACAACGAACCGGUAAACUGCCCCGCUUUGUUCUUGAUCUCCAAAACGGAUCCCGUUGGAACGGAGACUGCCAACAAGCGCGUUAUGGCAGCAUGGGAAACCGUUGGCAUCAAGACUACAUUGAAGUGUUGGGAUCGAUCUCCACAUGUAGGACACUUUCAUAAGCACCGUGACGAAUACAUUGAGCAAUUACAGGCUCACCUCAGCUCCCUAAACAUUGCAGGUCAUUUUCCAAAGGCAAAACUGUAACUUAAAAUCAUCAUACCACGACCUGUGAUAAGAAUCGACAAACCAUUUAUAGCAAGCGCAGAGCCCAAACCGAAAAUAAACAGUUAUUAUUCUGUAGUUACCUACCCCGAAA